UUCACUUGAGUCAUUAUUUUAAAUGAGCUGCUAGAUAGUUGCAAUCAUUUGAAAUCGAGUAACCCUAAAUAUGAUGCGGCUAAGUCUGAUUUUCAUCUGCAUAUUUUGUACUUCAUUUUCUGCUGCUGCUAAAGUUUCAGACCAAACGGCUGGACCGAGACUCAACAAUGGAAAACUUUACAAGUACAGCUAUUCUGCUGAGGUGCUGUUGGACAGAGCCAAAGGGACGGUUGAGGAAAGCACAGGUUAUAGGAUUUCAACUAGCGUCAAUGUCAACUUAGUUUGGAGAAAUCCAAGCAAUGAAGAUGAGCAGCUUAUAAAAAUUUUGAUGAGUGACGUCAAGAUUGAAAAUGUGAACAAACGUGACGACAAGAGAAACAUCUUCCUGGGGUCGUCUACAAAAAGCAUCCUGGGAAAAGGCAAUCUGGCAGCUCUAGAAAAACCACUAAUCCUUCACUUGAAUUUUGGAAAGGUCAAAAGCUUAUAUUCCUAUCGGAAGGAACAUGCAGUCUUUAAAAACAUCAAGAGAGGUCUGGUCAGCCUCUUUCAGUUACAGCUCAGCUCUGGCAGGGGGGAAGAGAUGGAUGUGUCAGGAAAGUGCAAGGUUAAUUACCAGGCUCGUCAAAAUCAGGUGACUCGAAUCAAAGAACUGGACAGCUGCAAGACUGCAGACACAGGCUUCACAAGUCACAGCAAGGUAUUGGGAGUUAGCAGCAAGUCCACAUCAGCCACUGUUUUUACACUGGAGGAAGGCUUCAUCAAAUCGGCACACUCCGAGGAGAAUCAUCUUCUGUCUGUAAAUGUGCAACAGGCUAUCGCGGCCAAAAUUAUAUCAAAACAAAAGUUGCAGCUGGUACAGAUUGAAGCUGGACCCAAAGAAACAGCUGGAAAAGAAGUGAAGAGCAUAAUCAAGACUUUGGACCCAAAGUAUGUGUCCAUCCCCCUGCCAGCUGAAGCAGUCAAAUCAGAAUGCAAAGGCUGCCCCACUCUCUGGGAGCACUGGCAGUCAGCCAGUAAAGAAUUUGAACCCAAGAGCCUUUCCAAUGCCACAGCUGCCAGGAAUUUCCUCUCCCUGAUCCAGACUAUGAGGAAGGCAAGGAAGGAGGAGAUCUUGCAGGUGCUCAGAAGUUCAAGCAGCUCUGUCCUCCCCCCAUUAGUGGACGCAGUUACCUCAACUCAAACCUCGGCCUCGCUAGAAGCUAUCCUGGAGUUCCUUGAUUUCUCCAAAGAGGAAGGUUUUAUGUUACAGGAGAGGUUCCUGUAUGCCUGUGGCUUUGCUUCUCAUCCCAAUGAGGAAAUGCUAAAAGCCUUGAUGGGAAUACGGAAUGGGAAAAUUGGCAGCAAUGACAUCAAGGAGUCUGUUGUAAUUAUUAUGGGAGCCCUUGUUAGGAAGCUUUGUCAGAAGGGAGGCUGUGAGCUUCCAGCUGUGUUGGAGACAAAGAAGUUGAUUCUAGAGGGCCCAGGCAGCACUGAGGUGGAGUCGGAGAUCAAGAUGUACCUGCUGGCUCUGAAGAAUGCGCUCUUACCUGAGGCUGUCCCUCUGUUGACAAAGUACUCGGAGUCAGGAAGUGGGCCCAUCAGCAGCAUUGCCAUCACAGCCCUCCAGAAAUAUGAUGUUUCCAUGAUCACAGAGGAGGUCAAGAAGACCCUGAACCGGAUCUAUCAUCAGAACCACAGAGUCCAUGAGAAGACUGUCAGGACAGCUGCAGCGGAUGUUAUUUUCAGCAGUAACCCCACGUACAUGGAGGUGAAAAACCUGCUGCUCUCCAUUGGAUCCCUGCCUCACGAAAUGAACAAGUACAUGCUCUCCAAGGUCCAGGAUAUCUUGCAUUUUGAAAUGCCAGCAAGUAAAGUGGUUCGGCAAGUGAUGAGGGACAUGAUUACCCACAACUAUGACCGUUUCUCCAAAGUGGGAUCAUCGUCUGCCUUCUCUGGCUACAUUACACGUGAUCCGGACACCACUUCCACCUACAGUUUGGACAUCCUUUAUUCAGGCUCUGGUAUCCUGAGGAGGAGUAACAUGGACAUCAUGGUUUUCAGCAAGGACACCCAGCUUCAUGCAAGCCAGGUUGUGAUUGAAGCUCAGGGUCUGGAAUCACUGAUCGCAGCCACUGCUGAUGAGGGGGAGGAGGACCUGGAGUCCUUCUCAGGGAUGUCUGCUGUGCUCUUUGAUGUGCAGCUCAGGCCAGUCACCUUCUUCAAGGGUUACAGCGACCUCAUGUCCAAGAUGUUCACAGCAACGGGGGAGCCCAUGAAUGUGGUCAAGGGUCUCAUUCUGUUGGUGGACCACUCACAGGUGAUCCAGUUACAGUCCGGGCUGAGGGCCAGUGCGGAGUUCCAGGGAGGGCUGGCCAUUGACAUUUCAGGUGGCAUGGAGUUCAGCCUCUGGUACAGAGAGUCCAAGACCAGUGUCAAUAACAAGGGAGCGAUGGUUGUAACUGGCAAUGUUACAGUGGAUAUGGACUUUGUUAGAGCCGGAGUGGAAGUGAGCUUUGAAACUGAAGCUGCGCUGGACUUCAUCACAACAGUGAAAUUUUCAGAGUACCCGUUUUUGGUGUGCAUGCAGAUGGAAAAAGCUCAGUUUCCAUACAGACAAUUCCUGACCAAGUAUGAAAGCCUGCCUUCUGGAAAACACUACAUCUCUCGUAAAGGCAGGAGUGAAAUUGUGCCUGGUUCGGAAUUCCCUCUCCAUCAGGAAAACUCCAACAUGUGUAAGAAAGUGUUUAGUGAAGGAUCAGGCUGGUAGUGAUUCAGAGAAAAUGCUGGAAGAGUGGCAUAGGGGCUGGCAAGCCGCUUUAGUAACUAGUGAAUUAGGAAGUACACUAUUAAACGAUGUACAUGCUGUGUUUACAUAAUUACAGCUAUUUAAAACUUUUGUAAAGUAAAAGAAAGAUACAGAGCAUUGAUAUGGGAAACGGUAUUUUGUUUCCUAUAGUUUUUUUUUUUUAUGAGACCUCACAAAAAGAGAUGACACAGAUGUCUAAAGUCUUAACCAACCCUAUAUCACUGUAUGUAUAAAAAAAAAAGGUCUACGUAGUUCAGCUUUUAUGACCAAAUUAAUGUGACAUUCCCGUUUUGCCUUGUCAUUUGGUAUGUGGUUUCAUUUUGUAUUUGUUGGUAGGUCUGGAAAAAGAGUUGUCUUGUAAACUGUUUUAUUUUUUAAAAAAUUAUGGUGCCAUUUUAGUUAGAAUCUCAAAUCAAUGCUGCUUCAUUUUUAAAAAUAUAUUGACUGUAUGACUUCAUCCUUGGAUCUUCUUUGUCUAAAAUAAAACAUAGUAAACAGUUUUCUAAGUGAAAGUCAGGCCAUAUUUUGAGUUUCGAUUAAAUUAGACAUCGAAAUAUGUGUCUGCAGUGGAUUAUGCCAUUUAUGUUAAUAUUGUAUGUUAAUCCACUGUUACACACAGAUUCAAAUAUUUGAUCCUUAAAACACUUCAAUUAAAUCAAACUUAAAAAAUAAAACAUAAUCCUUUACCGGAAAAUAAAAUGUUUUCUUCUUUUUACAGUGAUUGGUAAUAAUGACAAUGAUUGUGCUAAUGCGCUUAACAAUUGCUGUAUGCAUUCAUAGGCGUGACACAGAAAUGCUUAUUUUUUAAAAAAUGUUUAACUUUCUUGAAUUUAUUUACAUCCACACUAUUGACACUAUGUACAUUUGAGAGGUGCACACUGUUAUUUAUUUCUGAUACACUUGAAAAGUGAUACAAAGCAUGGUGGCAGAGGUAUGCUAUUGUUUAAUUACCCUAUUGAUGUAGUUAUUGGGUAUAAACGGUAACACCGUAGAGAAAUUGCCUUCGUGUUGACUGGGAUAGAAUUAUUCAAUUAAUUUGUGUGGUACUCUUCAGUUAUGCAUUUGAACUCCUCACCAUGGUAAAAUAUUUGUGUGGACUAUAUGCGGAGGAGACUAACAAUGUUGGAAUUACAUUAUUCAGAUUCCCAGUGUGCUAUUAUGACUGAACCAGGUCAUUCUGUAAAAGUAGCCUUGAAGAAUGGAGGCAUUUUUCAGAUUACAACGUCAGAUUCCUGCAUCAUGAUUGAUUUUACCAUCAUCGGGAUUAAUUGGUGCUGAACAAACCUCCAUUUAUUAUUUUUGUUCACAAAGAACAUUACUGAAUUAUGGUGAAGCUGACAUUGAGAAAGAAUAGAUAGCUACUGUGGAUAGAUGUGGUGGGAAAGACCUCAAAAUACAAUUAUAGUCCCUGAAACCUGCAGAGUUGUAGUCAUUUCAUUAGUUUCCAGUUGUUUAUACCAUGUCAUAUUUCUUUCAGGUAUUUUAUGUACAUUUGUUUUUCUCUCCAUUUGUUUAAGUAAGACAUUCCCACAUUCCAAGUGUACUCAGGAAAUAAAAAGACUUUGUAAUAAUUUA